AUGGCGGCGGCGAGCGGCGGGGCGAUCUACAGCGAUGCAGGGGAGUUAGCAGCUUCUUCUUCUUCAUUCACCCUGACUUCGCCCGGCCUCCGCCCGCCCACCCACGCGGCCUCAACGCCGCCGCCGCCGCCAUGGCUCGACGACGCCGACCACCACCACGACAACGCCUUCCUCCACUGGGUCAUCAACGACCACCACCAUCCACUCCUUGAUCUUGAUGACGUCGACCUCGACUACGCUAAGCCUGCACCUUUCUUCUUCGCUGAUCGAGGCCUGCACCACCACCACCCAGCUUCUUCGUCUUUCCCAAACCCAAAGCCGACGGCCGACGACAACACUAGUACUGUGGAGCAGCUGGUCCAGGCCGCCAAACUCACCGAGGCCGGCGACGUCUUGGCCGCCCGACACAUCUUGGCGCGCCCGGCGAUCAACUACCGCCUCCCCGCCUCCGCCGCCCCGCCGCUACUCCGCUCCGCCUUGUAUUUCAAGGACGCCCUGCGCCGAGCCCUCAUCUCCGACGACGACUCCUCCUCCUCCUCUACACCGCCCCCGCCCCUCCACGAGCCGCACCCGCACGACCUCCUCCUCAAGCUCACCUCCUACAAGUCCUUCUCCGACCUCUCCCCGCUGCUCCACUUCGCCCACUUCACCUGCGUCCAGGCCGUCCUCGACGAGCUCGCACCCUCCGCCUCCUGCAUCCACCUCCUCGACUUCGACAUCGGUGUCGGCGAGCAGUGGGCCUCCCUCAUGCAUGACCUCGCCCACCGCCACCCCGGCGUCGCCCUCAAGGUCACCGCCCUCAACGUCACCGCCUCCUCCUCCUCCCAUCACCCGCUCCAGCUGCAGCUCAUCCACGACACCCUCUCCACCUUCGCCGCCGACCUCUCCGUCCCCUUCCGCUUCGCCGCCUUCAACCUCGACGCCACCGACCUCACCCCCCUUCUUGCCGUUGCCGCCGCCACCGACGCCAUUGCCGUCCACCUUCCCGUCGGCUCGGUCCACGCCACCGCAGUGCCGUCCGUGCUUCACCUGGUCAGGCGCCUUGGCGCCAAGCUGGUUGUCUCCGUGGACCGCGGCUGUGACCGCGGCGAGCUGCCGUUCGCGGCGCACCUGCUGCAGGCAUUGCGCUCCACCGUGUCCCUGCUGGAGUCGCUGGACGCCAUGGGCACGGACUCCGACGUGGCGGCCAAGAUCGAGCGGUUCUGGGUCCAGCCAAAGAUCCAAGAGUGCGUGCGCGCCGCCGUGGGGGUGGGGGGCGACAAGACGGCGGCGUCGGCGUGGCGGGCGACGCUGGCGUCGGCGGGGUUCGUGCCGGUGCAAGUGAGCAGCAUGGCGGAGGCGCAGGCGGAGUCUCUCCUGAAGAAGCUGCCGGUGAGGGGAUUCCGACUGGAGAGGCGCGCCGGCUCGCUCUUCCUCCAUUGGCAACGCGGGGAGCUUGCCUCCGUCUCCGCAUGGCGCUGUUAAUUCAUCCACUACUCUCUACUAAUUACUCCUUAUUAAUAAUUAAUGCUCAAAUUGUUACUCCUUAUUAUGCAUGCAUGUUACUACUACUUAAUUUGCUCAAUUGCCGUCUUAAGGCUACUUUGAUAGAGUACUGUACAGUGACACUCUACUGUUAAAUCAAAUGGUUUUCUAUCAGGUAUUUUAA